CGUGGGACACGUGACGCCAAAAGACGAAGGAGGAGGGGGGGCAGCGCGAGUGCUGGAGCAUUAUCGCGGAAUAUAAGCCGGCAACUGCACGGAGGCUGCACCUAGAGCACAGGCAGCGUCAGGUAAUUGAUGCCUGUUUAGGAAACAUCAUGGACACACAGCUGAAGUUAACUUAUCCCUGAAUGCUUACGGAAGUUGAAUAGAGUCCAGAAUUUAAAUCGCAAUUGAAACCCCUGCAUCUGUAAGCAAAAGGACACAAGGAAAGCAAGCUUUUGAGAUUGAAUUUGAAAUUCUAAAGCUUUGUUGUCUCAAAUAAUGUGAUGAGAAUACAAUAUCAAGAACAGCUGAAGAAGAGCUUAUGCCUUGGUUUACUGACCAGCCUACUCAUGAAUUUGUGAUGAAAUCUACUGAAAGCACGAUAAUGAAAACAUCUGAGGAUGUCAGAGAUGAUGUGAACUUAACACUUGGUGAUGCGAAAAAUUCUCUUGAACACCAUUGUUCAAUUUGUGACCAAUAUUUUCCUUUCGGUAGUCUUUUAACACAACAUAUGCACAUGCAUACAAAUGAAAAGCAUCCAUUUUGUGACCAUAGAACUUCCCAGAAAGCAAAUUUGAAAAUUCAUCUUCAAAAGCACAAAGUAGACCAUUUGCAGCAGGGUAGAAAAAGUGGAAGAAAUAAAGCUAAUCUGUCGCCUACAAGCUUUGAAAUCCCAAAUACUUUGUCGAACAGCGUCUGUCUUAAUGACAUUGAAAUGAAUGAGGCUGAUGUUAAGCCAGUAAAUGGUGUUGCUUUGCCCCUGGAUGGUUUGGAAGGAAAUGUUGCAGUCCAAGCUGAAGAAUGUCCACCUCUGCCUUGUAUGUUUUGUAAUAAGGGCUUUCAACACUCUGAAGAACUCCGUCAUCAUGUAGUGAUACAGCACAGACCCACGCUAUGUGAGCCCGCGGUCCUCCGAGUGGAGGAGGGGUUGAGUCCUAUUGUUGAGGCACACAUUACUGUAAGCUCUCCAGAACAGGAGGCAAAUGAUGAAAAUGAAGAUGGUGAACUCAGCUGUAAAGUGUGUGGACUUACCUGUGAGAGUGCUUUGAGUCUGGAGACACACAUGAGGAAGCACAAGGAUUCGUUUACCUAUGGUUGUAAUGUAUGUGGCCGACGUUUUAAGGAACCCUGGUUUCUGAAAAACCACAGUCGAACACAUUUAAGUAAAGCUAGGGGAAAAUCUCAGCAGGAUUUAGAAGGCCCUGCAACCAUCAACAACGUUGCUAUGCAGGAACCAUUUUCAGGAAAUGUUGUCUCUCCUUAUAAAAUGUGCAUGGUUUGUGGAUUUCUUUUCCCUAAUAAAGACAGCUUGAAGGAACAUAGUAAAGUCCACAACAAAGAUCUGCCUGAUGACGAUAGACUGGUUGAUUACUCUUUAAAUCCAGAAGUUGCAGUAUCGCAGGGAGCAUUCCUGCAAAUGCUAAAUUUAAGUCCCUUCUUGUCACAAAGUUGUAACAAACCUGUGAAGCUGGGAAAAUGGAUACCUGAACUUGACCCCUUCAAUACAUACCAAGCUUGGCAGCUGGCCACUAAGGGAAAAGUGGCAGUUGGCCGAGAGAAUGUGAAAGAUCCAGGGCAUAUAGCAAACUCUGAGAAUGAAGAGGAGCCCUCUGACAAAGAGGAUUCUAAUGAACAUUGGGCCACUGACAAAAGCAAUAAUGGUCCUACCUUGGAGAACCUCGAAAAAUCUAAAAUCAAAAACAGCAGUUUAGGCCAGAAUGGACCACCUGCUAUGGGCGAUGUGGACAUUGACCCCAAAUUGACUCAGAACAAAAUUAAACCGACCAACUGCACAAUGUGUGGUAAGAUAUUUAGAACCUACCACCAGUUAGUGCUCCACUCCAGAGUACACAGGAAAGGCAGGAAAAGUGUAGAGAAUCCUCCAAUUUCUGUUGAUGGCGGUGAAGCUGGCACUCAAUCCAUUGACUCUGUUACAGCAAUUGAAGACCGUAGUCCAGGAACUGACAAACCUGAGGAUGGUUCUGAAGAGGGCUCAGAAGAUGGAGUUCUUGGAGAAGGACUUGCAUCAGAUCGAAGUGAAGAUGGCUCAGAACGAGGAAGGAGUAGAGAGGCUGGCUCAUCUGGUGAAUGCAGUUACUGUGGAAAGUCUUUUCGCUCAAACUAUUACCUCAAUAUUCAUCUCAGGAUACACACAGGUGAAAAGCCCCAUAGAUGUCCUCUCUGUGACUAUGCUGCAGCUCAGAAGACCUCACUUAAAUAUCACUUGGAGCGACACCAUAAGGGCGAGCAGAAAAAGGCUGAAGAAAAGAGUGAUCCUCUGAAGAGUUCGUUGGCAUCUCCAAAAUUGGAAGUUGUACCAAAAGGAAGUGAUGAACCUGUUCAGGAACCUGUGGACUCAAAAAGGUUGUUUACAGAUUCUUUGAGCAGUGCCAAAGAUUUGGAUGCAGACUUUUCUCGGAGGAAACACAAACCAAUCCAUUCUUCUCGUUCAAUUUUUCAAAAUGCUUUGUUUUCAAAUGUGAGUACAGAGUUCCCAGACUUGAGCAGGGAUACUAGUUUGCAUGAUAGUCGCCGGAUCUUCUGUAAUGCAGUGCUGCCAUACCAUGAUAAAUCAAAGGAUGAAAAUGUGGUAGGUGAGUUGCACAGGACUGACUCUGAUCCAAAGGUGACUGUCGACCUGGAUAAUUCCAAGAUUUUGGAGGAAUGUUCAAUGGAAGAAUUGUCAGAAGUUGGUAUACAACAGAAUAAUGCUAAAAACAUAAGACAGGAACCUGCUUCAAUAAAUGACCAAUGCUAUGUUAGUGCUAGAGUUAAUAUAGAGGACUUCAGUGAUCAAUCUGAAUCCAGCUUAUUGGAAAAGCCCUUGAAUCUCUGCACCAUGAUAUAUCAACAAAGCCUGUGUAGUGAUGGUAUUCCUUGGGGAAAAGCAUCUACCUCAAUUUCCAAGAGUGCCUUACUGAGCAACACAUGCCCAUUUUGUACUUACAAAACUUUGUACCCAGAGGUCUUAGUGAUGCACCAAAGGUUGGCACAUAAAUAUAAUGCUGACCCAAGUCCAAUAAAUGGAAUUCGAAGUGCUGUUUGUGGUGGGUCAGUUAAAAGCAGACGCACUGGAUGCCCCCCUGCACUAUUAGGUCAAGAUGUCUCUUCUUUACUUGCCACCAAAGAAAUGAACAGAGAAUUUUCUCGUCGGACCAAGUCACCACUACCAGCAGCUUCACCAGAUGCUUCAAACUUGCUGCUUGGGAAGGCAAAAUCAUCAUCAUCCUCAUCAUCACACCAGUCUCCGUGCAAUAAUCUCCUUCCCUCUGCAGCAGGAUCCAGAUCUUCAGGUGACUUUAAAGCAUUUAAGAUGACCCAGAAUCCUAAUGUACACCUAGAUAAUUACGGAUCCAUGCAUACUGAACUUAGACAGACACCAGAUGUAGUGCAAAAAAUGGAGAGAAGUGGAUCGUCAGAAGCUAGCAAUAGUAAAAGAAAUUUGUUUGAAAGGCCUGGUAUCAGGUUGGACUAUGAAUCUGAUGGACCUCGGGGACCUUUACUUAGAUUUGACAGUUUUUGGGCUCCAAAUGUAAGCAAAAUGUGUCUUACUAAUGUGUCUGAGAAUCAGGGAGGCUUGGACUCGCAUGAGCCUACAGCUAAAAAAAUGAAAAUGAACAGUCCUUUAAGAAAUGAUCAGCUUGCAUUUGGAGCUAGGAGAGGUGUCCAGGGAAGAAAUGUAAAAUUAUCUCAGGAGAUGCCCCCUGUUCAGGCAAGAAACUCCGGGGUAUCAUCUCAGUCAGGAUCAGCCUUGGAUUCGAAUGGAGUUGACCCGCAUUGGAAUGUAUUGAAACUUUUGAAGUCCUACAACCAGCAAGAUCUUGCCUCGCUGUAUAAUACUUGUGGACCCAGUAAUAGUAGAGAUCCUAAUAUUGGUCAAGAAGGGAAGAGGCCUUUCCAGUUUCUGCAGCACGCUAACAGUAUGUCGCAAAAAAGGAGCAUUAAUCAUUCUCACAGUGGAUCUUUAGAUAAGAAAGAGUACAUGAGCCAAUGAAGCCUGUAAAUGGAAUAAGAUCUGUUGAAAGCUGUGAAUGGAAUACUCUUUCUGCAUCAGAGUUGACUUUUGGGGGUGCCAGCUGACCCACUGGUGAAAUCUGACAACACCUGAAGUACGAGAUCCACCUCGAAUAAGCUGUGAUUUGUACAUGUAUAGAACACUACUAUUCCAUUCAUUUUGGGUUACGUUUUUUCGUCUGUUCAAACCUACAGUUGUAAGCAGAAACUGAAAAUAUAUAUACACACACACAAAAUGCCUUGUAUUCCAUUUUGACUAUGAACUUGAAAUUGUACUGUUUCUAAUUGUCAACUGUUCCUGUUUUUGCAAUAACUACAUUGCUUGGCACUAAUAAAUGAGUUGGGGGCCAUUAUUUCUGCAAUGCCAGGCUCUAGUUUUUUUUUUUGUUUAUAAAUUUUUCAAACCGAAAAUGAAUUUUGGUACCUGAUAUUGACAUUUCUGGGAAAUUGUGUAACUGUCAUUGACCUUUUUCUUUACAUUGAAAAAUGAGCAAUAAAUCGUAAGACCUGUGGUAAUGCUUCUAG